AUGAUGAGGAAGAAGAACCCCAAGAUUCCCCUGCAUGACCGUCUAUUCAAAUCACUUGAUCAUCUAUCCAUCACAAGCCUACAGAACCAGACUGAGCUGCGCAACUUGAUCCCUGUCCUCCGCGAGCUACUUCGACACCGACAGAAGAGCCUUCCAGACCUCCAAGAGCUCAGACUCGAAGCUCCCACCGAAGGAGAUCCAACCGUAUUCGGAAUGCCGUGGCUACAACAGGAGGCAGACCAUGCCUUGCCCGAGGGGGUGGCAGGCGACUUGGGCAUGAAUGGCGAGUUCAAGUGGGGACAUCGAUUCUGGCAAGCUCCCCGGCUCCACACUUUGCAGAAAGGCAUUUCCCCACGCCACGAGGAGGAUACCACUAUGGAGACCAAGGAUGAGAACCAAGAUUGA